CGAGAGGGUGCUUCCACGUUCUCUUGUGCUCGUCCCCAACAUCUGGUCUGCGACCCUCCCUCCUCUCACCAAAAACCUCCCACCUAGCGGCCACACAGUCCGCGCCCUUCCCAUUCUUUUUCCCCUUUUUUUCCUCGCCCACCAUGAAGGCGACCUGCAAAAUCCUCAAGCCCCUCGUCCUCUGCCUCGCGGGCGGCGCCGCGGCGGCGGUGGCGGCCCGGCCCAAGAUCAUAAUCGAGAACGACUUUGGCUCAACAGCCUUCACGACGUUCCUGCAGGCGUUCGAUGCCGGCUGGGACGUGCUCGGCCUCGUGGGCGACACGGCCAACACGUGGGCGCUGCAGUCGAGCCUGCACGCCCUGGCGCUGCUCGAGCGCGCGGGCCUGUCGUCGUGCGUGCCCGUCCACAAGGGCGCCGACUACCCGCUGCUCAACACCCCCGAGCUGCACCAGCUGUGGCAGGCGCGGCACGGGGCACUCCCAUGGCAAGGCGUCUUCAAGCCAGAAAAUGCAACGGCCGAGGCCGCGGGCUGGGACCCGACGUCGGGCGACCCGGGACGCGUGGUGCCCGAGGCCUUCGCCGAGGGCUACCCCAACGGCACGCUGGCGGGCGCGCGGGCGGCCGCCUGGAUGGUGGAGCAGGUGCGCCGGCACCCGGGCGAGGUGCUCAUCUACAGCGGCGGCGCCCUGACCAACAUCGCCCUGGCCGUGCGCAUGGACCCCGAGUUCGCGUCGCUGGCCAAGGGGCUGGUCGUCAUGGGCGGCUACGUCGACGUGUUUCUGCUGCAGACGAGCGGCGACUCGCUGCAGGCCGAUAUCAACUCUGAUCUCAACCUAAAGAUUGAUCCCGAAGCGGCCAAGAUUGCACUCACUGCCGACUUUCCCAGCAUAACCCUCAUUGGCAACGGCGCAAACCAGUUUAUCCCCUCGCAGGAGUUCAAGGACGAGGUUUUCCAGGUCCAGAAUCCCUUUACCCAGCUUUUCCACGACCGGAUCGACAUAACCCUUCCCCUCUGGGACGAGAUUGCGCUGUUUGCGGGUCUGUUCCCUAGCCAUGUUCUCAAUUCGACCUCGUUCUACGUUGACGUCGACACAGCCUGGUCAAGCCCUUUUUACGGCAACAUUAUCCCGAAGCAGCCGUCCAUGGUUGGAAAGUCACAAAGACUGAAGCGGGUCAAAUUUGUCCACUCGGUAAACACCACCGAGUUUCAAGCGCAUCUCAAGCACGCGCUGCAGCACCCCAAGACGGGUUGCAACAUGUUGGGCCAAGAUGUUCAGCGCGUCGAUAUCCGCGCCGGCGCAUGCUCCCUGGUUUCUUUGUUGCCACAAGGCGGAGCAAAAGAGCUCUUUGCUAGAUCCAUGUGACCCAUCAAGGGCAUGUACACUUACACAGCUACCUAUAAUAGUCCUUUAUCGUAUACCUAAUUAUUUGCUUAACC